GCCUGCCGGGAUACUCGGCCCGCCCAGCCAGUCCUCCCCGCUUACGCCGCGGCCGCGAGAUCCGCGUUUUUCCCAAGAUGGUGGCGCUGGGCUCGGGGUGACUGUAGGAGACGAUAGAGCCUGACUCGCCUUCGCCGGAACCUCGACACACCGCCCUUCUCUUGCUCGCGCACCCCGCCUUCGCGUAGCCUUCCGCCGGCUCGGGCGCCCGCCAUCCGCCGCCGCGCCGACUUGCGCUUCACCUCUGCCGACCCGGCGCUCACGGCCGCGGGCGGCGGCACCUCUCUCGGCUCUACUUCGGGGCUGUGCUCGGACCACCUCGCACCUAGCCCUGGCCAGGCGGGCCGCGUAGCCCCCCGGUGCGGACAGGCAGCGGCGGAGCGGCGGCUGGCGACGAGCGCGGGGUUUUCUGCGGCCCCUGCGCCUCCUUUCCCGGUCUCGGUCUCCGGAGAAGGAAGCGCGGGUCCCGCAUGAGCGCCGGCGGUGGCGGCAGCGAAAGGGAACGAGGCGGUGGCGGGCGGAGGCGGCGGGUGAGGGCUGCGACGACCAGUGAAGCGGCUGCUGCUGCUGCGGGGGCCGCAGCCCAGGCGCGGGGGCGACGACAGGUUAAAAAUCUGUAAGAGCCUGAUUUUAGAAUUCACCAGCUCCUCAGAAGUUUGGCGAAAUAUGAGUUAUUAAACCUACGCUCAGAUCAAGUUAGCAGCUAGACUGGUGUGACAACCUGUUUUUAAUCAGUGACUCAAAGCUGUGAUCACCCUGAUGUCACCGAAUGGCCACAGCUUGUAAAAGUGCCAGCAGGUUUAUUUUUUGUUUUGCAAGCCUGCUCUGCCUCCUUACAGUAUGACAUCUGAUGCUGGAGGGUCGCACUUUCAAAAAUGAGUCAGCUGGUACAUGGGGUUAUCAUCACUUUUUAGCUCUUCUGUCUGAGAGAUACAAGUUUGGAAGCAAUCUUGGGGUACUUACCCACAAGGCUGGUGGAGACCAGGUGUGUCACAAAGAUCAUCAGGAGAACCUCAGUCUGACGACAUUGAAGCUAGCCGAAUGAAGCGAGCAGCUGCAAAACAUCUAAUAGAACGCUACUACCACCAGUUAACUGAGGGCUGUGGAAAUGACGCCUGCACGAAUGAGUUUUGUGCUUCCUGUCCAACUUUUCGUCGUAUGGAUAACAAUGCAGCAGCUAUUAAAGCCCUUGAGCUUUAUAAGAUUAAUGCAAAACUCUGUGAUCCUCAUCCCUCCAAGAAAGGAGCAAGCUCAGCUUACCUUGAAAACUCUAAAGGUGCCCCUAACAACUGCUCUGACAUGAAAAUGAACAAGAAGGAUGGACAAGGAGCAAGAGAUGAUUUUAAAGAUGUGACUUACCUAACAGAAGAGACGGUAUAUGAAAUUCUAGAAUUAUGUAGAGAGAGGGAGGAUUAUUCCCCUUUAAUUCGUGUUAUUGGAAGAGUUUUUUCUAGUGCUGAGGCAUUGGUACAAAGCUUUCGGAAAGUCAAACAACACACCAAGGAAGAACUGAAAUCUCUUCAAGGAAAGGAUGAAGACAAAGAUGAAGAUGAAAAGGAAAAAGCUGCAUGUUCUGCUGCAGCUAUGGAAGAAGAUUCAGAAGCAUCUUCCUCAAGGAUAAGUGAUAGCUCACAAGGAGAUAACAACUUACAAAAAUUAGGUCCUGACGAUGUGUCUGUGGAUAUUGAGGCCAUUAGAAGGGUCUACACCAGAUUGCUCUCUAAUGAAAAAAUAGAAACUGCCUUUCUCAAUGCACUUGUGUAUUUGUCACCUAAUGUGGAAUGUGACUUGACAUAUCACAAUGUAUACUCCCGAGAUCCUAAUUAUCUGAAUUUAUUCAUUAUUGUCAUGGAGAAUAGAAAUCUCCACAGUCCUGAAUAUCUGGAAAUGGCUUUGCCACUGUUUUGCAAAGCAAUGAGUAAGCUACCCCUUGCAGCCCAAGGAAAACUGGUCAGACUGUGGUCUAAAUACAGCGCAGACCAGAUUCGGAGAAUGAUGGAAACAUUUCAACAGCUUAUUACAUACAAAGUCAUAAGCACUGACUUUAACAAUCGAAAUCUAGUGAACGAUGAUGAUGCUAUUGUUGCUGCUUCCAAGUGCUUGAAAAUGGUUUACUAUGCAAAUGUAGUGGGAGGGGAAGUGGACACAAAUCAUAAUGAAGAAGAUGAUGAAGAGCCCAUUCCUGAGUCCAGUGAAUUGACACUUCAGGAGCUAUUGGGAGAAGAAAGAAGGAACAAGAAAGGUCCUCGAGUGGACCCACUAGAAACUGAACUUGCUGUUAAAACUCUGGAUUGUCGAAAACCACUUAUCCCUUUUGAAGAGUUUAUUAAUGAACCACUGAAUGAUGUUCUAGAAAUGGAUAAAGAUUAUACUUUUUUCAAAGUAGAAACAGAGAACAAAUUCUCUUUUAUGACAUGUCCCUUUAUAUUGAAUGCUGUCACAAAGAAUUUGGGAUUGUAUUAUGACAAUAGAAUUCGCAUGUACAGUGAACGAAGAAUCACUGUUCUCUACAGCUUAGUUCAAGGACAGCAGUUGAAUCCAUAUUUGAGACUCAAAGUCAGACGUGACCACAUCAUAGAUGAUGCCCUCGUCCGGCUAGAGAUGAUCGCUAUGGAAAAUCCUGCAGACUUGAAGAAACAGUUGUAUGUGGAAUUUGAAGGAGAACAAGGAGUUGAUGAGGGAGGUGUUUCCAAAGAAUUUUUUCAGCUGGUUGUGGAGGAAAUCUUCAAUCCAGAUAUUGGUAUGUUCACGUAUGAUGAAUCUACAAAAUUGUUUUGGUUUAAUCCAUCCUCUUUUGAAACUGAGGGUCAGUUCACUCUGAUUGGCAUAGUACUGGGUCUGGCUAUUUACAAUAACUGUAUACUGGAUGUACAUUUUCCCAUGGUUGUCUACAGGAAGCUAAUGGGGAAAAAAGGAACUUUUCUUGACCUGGGAGACUCGCACCCUGUUCUAUAUCAGAGUUUAAAAGACUUACUGGAGUAUGAAGGGAAUGUGGAAGAUGAUAUGAUGAUCACUUUCCAGAUAUCUCAGACGGAUCUUUUUGGUAAUCCAAUGAUGUAUGAUCUAAAGGAAAAUGGUGAUAAAAUUCCAAUUACAAAUGAAAACAGGAAGGAAUUUGUCAAUCUCUAUUCUGACUACAUUCUCAAUAAAUCAGUAGAAAAACAGUUCAAGGCUUUUCGGAGAGGUUUUCAUAUGGUGACCAAUGAAUCUCCUUUAAAGUACUUAUUCAGACCAGAGGAAAUUGAAUUGCUUAUAUGUGGAAGCCGGAAUCUAGAUUUCCAAGCACUAGAAGAAACUACAGAAUAUGACGGUGGCUAUACCAGGGACUCUGUUGUGAUUAGGGAGUUCUGGGAAAUCGUUCAUUCAUUUACAGAUGAGCAGAAAAGACUCUUCUUGCAGUUUACAACGGGCACAGACAGGGCACCUGUGGGCGGACUAGGAAAAUUAAAGAUGAUUAUAGCCAAAAAUGGCCCAGACACAGAAAGGUUACCUACAUCUCAUACUUGCUUUAAUGUCCUUUUACUUCCGGAAUAUUCAAGCAAAGAAAAACUUAAAGAGAGAUUGUUGAAGGCCAUCACUUAUGCCAAAGGAUUUGGCAUGCUGUAAAAAAACAAAAAAAGGGGGGGGAGAAAAAAAUUUUAAAUUUUAAUAAAUAUAACAAGAGGGAUAAAAUUGGUGGUGAUAGUGACCCAGUACAAAAAGGCUGUAAAAUAGUGAACCACAGUAGUCACCUAUGUCUGUGCCUCCCUUCUUUAUUGGGGAUAUGUGGGCUGGAACAGCAGAUUUCAGCUACUUAUAUGAACAAAUCCUUUAUUAUUAUUAUUAUUUUAUUUUAUUUUUUUGCGUGAAAGUGUUACUUUUUCUUUCACUUGUAUGUACAGAGAGGUUUUUCUGAAUAUUUAUUUUAAGGGUUAAAUCACUUUUGCUUGUGUUUAUUACUGCUUGAGGUUGAGCCUUUUUGCAUAUUUAAAAAAUAUAUACCAACAAACUACUCUCCCAAGGAAAAUAUUGCCACCAUUUGUAGACCAUGUAACCUUCAAGUAUGUGCUACUUUUUUUGUCCCUGUAUCUAACUCAAAUCAGGAGCUGUAUUUUUUUUUUUAAACAA